AUGCACUUAGUUUCUGAGAAUUACAGGUGUAAGGCUCCAAAAUCUAAGGCUAACGAUUAUGUAGUACACGCUCUGCGAUUUCUGCAAGAGAGAAGAACAUUUCAUCACUCUGCAUUUCUUCAAUCUUCUAUUCCUUCUCUUUCAAGGCAGGGCACCGAACAGUUGAGAUCAAACUCCAAACAUCCGGAGAGACUGAGAUUGUCGAAGACACAAGGACUGGCUGCGUGCCAAGGCUUGCAGAGAUUGAGGUUGCUGCUGCUGAGGAGGAGUAGGACACAACAUGGCUUCAAUUCUCCGGAGGACAGACAGAGUCGCGGAAUAAGAAGAGGAAACUUCCUCGUUGCUCAGACCUCCCAAACAUGCUACCAUUCAAAAGGAUUUCCAGGUGCUGGAAUUGAUCUCUCCUCUCUGGUAGUUGUGGAAGGAAAGAUCUGUUGGGAUCUUUACAUCGACGGCCUUGUUGUUAGUUCAGAUGGGAAUCUGCUAGAUGCCCUAGGUGCUGCUAUAAAGGCUGCUUUGAAUAAUACAGGCAUCCCAAAAGUAAAUGUUGCAGCCGGUGCAUCAGGCGAUGAGCAACCAGAGGUAGGUCGGCACUAUAUUGUAGAUGCCACUUCAGAAGAGGAAUCACAAAUGAGCUCGGCUGUUUCUAUUUCCAUCAAUAGGCAAGGCCACAUUUGUGGGUUGACCAAACGGGGCGGUGCCGGCCUAGAUCCAAGCAUCAUUCUUGACAUGAUAUCUGUGGCAAAAACAGUAAGUGAGCAGCUGAUAAACACUUUGGAUUCUCACAUAGCUGCUGCUGAAGCUGGCGAAGAGGAGUCGUGA